CUUCAUUUGUCGUCUGUGCUCAGAGCCGUACACCCAGAUAAAAAAAUGAUUUGUCGUUGUUUUCAGUCAGUAAUUUUUUUUCAAUUUUCGAGUUCAUUGUUAUUUUAGUUGUAAAAAAUAUUUUGCUUGUAAACAUCUACAUUUGAUAAAUAAAAGAACUCGGAAAAUUAGUUUAUACUGAAUAAAAAUGUCAAACUGUGACGUUAAAAAGCCGGAGACGGCGAAAGACAACGUAUCAACUAAUUCUAUUGACGAAGGAUUGCCUCGAGAGUUAAGCCAACUAAGCCUUUCAAGUGGAUCUAAUCCAGAUGAAUACCAUUGUAACAAAGGUCAUUCCGAAACCACAAUGAAAAAUAUUUACGGAUAUUACCAGGCGCAAAAACUUUGCGAUAUAGCAUUACUUGCCGAUGGAUGCAGGAUACCAGCACACAAAGUUGUUCUAGCAUCAUGCAGCGAGUACUUUGCAGCCAUGUUCACAGGCUCAAUGAAGGAAUCUGAAUUACCAGAAAUAACUUUAAAGGUUGACGCUCAGACACUUCGUUCACUUGUUCAUUACUGCUAUACAGGCAUUAUUGAACUAAGUGAAGAAACAGUUGAGGUGCUCCUCUCGACCUCCUGCCUACUCCAACUGCAUGCAGUAACAAAAGCUUGUUGUGAUUUCCUAGAAAAACAGCUGGAUCCGUGCAAUUGUUUAGGAAUUGCAUUGUUUGCUGAACAACAGUCCUGCAUGAGUUUGCACAAAAGCGCUGUGGAUUAUACCCACCAACAUUUUAUGCAGGUUGUUAAGCACCAGGAGUUCCUAACCUUGCAGACAGAACAGAUGACAGAGUUGCUCAAAUCAGAUGAUCUCAAUGUAGAGACUGAGGAAACUGUGUUUGAAAGUCUUAUGACAUGGGUGAAGCAUGACAAUGCUAAUAGAGAUAAGAGUUUGCCAGAGUUGCUCAAGUUGGUGAAGCUGCCACUACUCUCGUCAGAGUACUUGAUAGACAAAGUGGAACUAGUGUGUGGCAAUGUUCCCGAGUGCCAGCCGCUUAUAAUGGAGGCAGUGAAGUGGCACCUGCUGCCGGACCGGCGGGCGCUUUUGUUCUCACACAGAACCAGGCCGAGGACCUCCACCAUUGGAAGACUUCUGGCCAUAGGAGGCAUGGAUGGUUACAAGGGCGCCAGCAACAUGGAAAUGUAUGACCCUCGUACAAACUCAUGGACGCCAUUUAUGAGAAUGGGCGCUAGGCGGUUGCAGUUCGGAGUAGCAGUGAUGCAAAAUAAACUCAUUGUUGUUGGUGGCAGGGAUGGACUGAAAACACUAAAUACGGUGGAGUGUUUUGACCUGACGUCCCUGAGCUGGAGCACUCUUGCGCCCAUGAACACGCACCGGCACGGGCUGGGCGUGGCCGUGCUGGGCGACGGGCCCAACUCGCCCAUCUACGCCGUGGGCGGACACGACGGGUGGAUCUAUCUCAAUUCUGUUGAAAGAUGGGACGCGUGCUCGCGCUCGUGGACGAUAGUAGCGCCCAUGGUGGGCGCGCGCAGCACGUGCGGUGUGGCAGCGCUGCGUGGGCGACUGUACGCCGUGGGCGGGCGCGACGGUGGCGCGUGUCUGCGCUCCGUCGAGUGCUACGACCCCGCCACCAACCACUGGACCAACUGCGCGCCCAUGACGCGUCGGCGCGGCGGCGUCAGCGUGUGCGCGGCGAGCGGCUACCUGUACGCGCUGGGCGGGCACGAUGCACCGGCCAACUCGGCGGGCGGGCGCCUGCCGUGCGUGGAGCGCUACGACCCCGCCAGCGACGCGUGGGUGCUGCUCGCGCGCCUGUGCUACGGCCGCGACGCCAUCGGCAGCUGCCUGCUCGGCGACCGCAUCGUCGCCGUCGGCGGUUACGACGGCGUGCAAUACCUGUGCGUGGUGGAGGUGUACGACUCGGAGAGCGACACGUGGCGCAAGCUUGCUCCGCUGAGCACGGGCCGCGCGGGCGCCGCCGUGGUGGCCGUGCCGCCGCCGCGCAACCUGUUCUGAUACGCGGCCCACCAGCUCGUCGUGUACCUGCGGGUGUGAGGUGCGCUCGUGGUCGCUUCUGAUACACACUCAGACCCAGUGGCGUAACUAGGGUAUGCACUAUAAGUAAAAUUUCUUGUCCAACUAUGUAUUCUGUGGCCCAACAUAGGUUUGUAUUGAGCCCUUAGGGUAGGCAGUACAUUUUUGCGUCUAUGAAGUGCACGCCACUGCUCAGACCAAUUACCUUUGGACUUGUAUUGCACUCAAAUUCACUAACAAAAUUGUCUGUCGUUUUUUGAGGGAAACGAGGCACGAGGCACUCACACACCGAAAAUAUUUAACACCAAUAAAUAAAUCCUGUGUCCUUACGCUACACACAACUAUAAAUUUCAAUCGUAAUACACACGUGUAAUGUUAACACAAUGAAACAUCGAUUCUAUAGACACAAUUUGUAUUAGAUCUUGAUCAUGUACUUUUGACAGAGGGACGUCUAGGGAGGCACGUCCUAAGGUAAUAAGGUCUGAGGAUAUGCAGGUCUGAAGACAAGAAUUGCGUUUGCACUAACUUAACAACUUGUACAUAAUGGCGAAUGAUUGUACGACGGCGUAUAAGUAUCAGUUCUACGUCAUCAUACACUAAACAAUGAAGCGGAAUGGAAUUGAAUGAAAUGGGCUCUAGAACGGAAUAUACAUCAUAGUUUUAUAGAGUAGUUUACUUGUGUUAUAUGAUGAAAUAAAUAAAAUUUAUCAAACUUGACUAGCUAUAAAUGCCCUAUCGAGGUUUCUUAUCAUGCUUGUUCUUGUAAAACCUUAGCCUCAUAUGUGAGGCCACCUGUACCCUGAGUAAGCGCGAUACCCCAUUAGUGCGUUGCGUUGCAGCCUCAGAGAGGACUGACGUUGCCAUGACGCACGACGUCGUAGUGCAAGAGGACUAGGAACGCACCGAGUCAGUCUCAAUAAUGGAUCGAAACAAAUGAAAAAAUGUCCGUCGUAGCAAAGAAACUCCGUUGAAGCAACGCUUUAAUGUGGCAUGUGAUUAAUAGUUAUUUAUGCCACUGUCAUGUAAUGAGCAUUGUAGCAUGAGUGAUUUUUUUGCAAUGAGGCAAAGCUGAAUUGCACAAUAGAGAACGAGUUCUACAAUGGGUAAUUACGUGCAGUGGCAUACAAUAUUUUUUCUAUAAACAAGAUAAACGGAACUUGGUAAAUCUAUAUUUCUAUACUAAUAUUAUAAAUAGUAAAAAUAUUGUGUUUGAUUGCAUUGAAUAGGCUCUGAAACUACUUAAAUGAUUUGAAAAAUUCUUUCACCUGUUGGUAAGCUACACUAUCCCUGAGUGCUAUAGACUACAUUCUAUACCCGUAUUCCUACAGGAACGGAAACCACGCGGGUGAAACCGCGUGGCGUCUGCUAGUAAUAUAUAAUUGGUUAUUGGGCAAGGCCUCCUCGAUUUUUUAUUAACAACGUGCUAAUUGGGCAUAGCUCUAAUUUGUAUCACACUUUACACGAACAAGCUAAUAAUUAGGAACCUCGAAUGGUUACGAUACUAGUAAGGCAUAUUGGCAACUUCACAUAGAUUUAUUUCAUAGUAAAGUAAUUCGCCAACGAUACUAUAAAUUCUAUAAUAGGUACUUUCUACUUUGUGUGUAUUUACUCGUAAUAUCACUGAUAGUGUUUGGUUUUUAUUGUAUUUACUAGAUUUACAAUACAAAUAAUAAUCGAACUUUUAAAUGUAAAAUAUUUGUAUACUUUGACAUUGCAGUAGUCCCAAAGUAAAGGAAGACGUUUUAGAACAUUUUAUACCUAAUUCCGGAGUAUUUUUAUAGUGACUUUCUUAUUUACCGAUAUUGUAUUUGAUUUUAUUUCUUAGUAUAUUUAUUCUGUUUUGUGUUUGUCUGUCUUACUAUUACAACCUAAGCCAUCACAAAAUAGAAUAUACAGGGUGUCCCAUAAUUAAUGGCUAAAACUCAAAUGGUAGAAACACUAAUAUAAUUUUCUAAAACUAAUUUUUAAUAGUUUUCCAAAAAUCCCAAGACCAAGGUUUUUUUCGGAUUUUUCAAAUUUUUCCAUCUUGAAUCAGUUUUUCAAUGCCGUAUCUGCAGUAAUUAAGGUUUUAAACAUUACUUAUUAGAGUACCAAUGUAUUAUACCUAAUACUAUUUUUAUAAAUAACGUUUUAUUUGUUUUGUAGCUUUGAGUGCAAUAAUUGUUUUUUUCUUUCAUUAAUAUGACCCGAUUAAAAAAUGUCCUGUAAAAAGUUUAAAAACUUGUACAUUUAUCGAGGUUUGUAAAUUGGUAUAAAACUUGUAUUUACUCUUGUAGUUGCAAAGUUGCUAGUAAAAAUGUAUGGGAGGUGAUGAAUUUUCAAUACACGCAAACAUUUUUAAAGUGUGCAUAUUCCAACUUUUUUCCUCAAAAAUAAAAUAUAGUUUGGCCACCCUAGAGAUUUUUGGAAAACUAUAUCAAAUUAGUUUCAGAUAUCCAAUAAUUACAGGACACCCUGUACAUGCCUUAUGUUAUGUUAUAUAAUGAAAUAUUACAUAACAUACUUGUAAUAUACUGCUUUUGAAAUUCGAGAAGCUUAUGUUGAUCUCAUCCUUUUUUAUUAAACGAACUGUUCUAUUAUAGUAUUUAAUUUUAUUAUUUUAUCGCUUAAUUUCAAUGCUUUUUAAAAAAAUAUGGACUAUUUCAAAGACUGUUUAUUUUUAUUUUAUUAUUUUUAAGUAUCAAUGUGUUUUUUUUUAUGUUUUUUGAACUUGCUUCUUUAUAAAUUUUGUGAUAAUGCCUACAAUCCAAUUCUCUUUGAAAUUGCAUGAGCUAAUAAUUUUUUUCUAUACUAUAAAGAUCUCAAUAUUAUUCAGCCUAUGUAAAAAUAAGGAUGAAAGAAUAUUUUUUUAAGUUUUCCUAUUCAUCUGUCAAUUCCAAAAAUAUGUGAUGUUAAAUUAAUUAAGAGGCUCACGAAACGCAAAUAUUUUUUUAGGUCAAUAUCAGACAGUAUUAUUAAAAUUUAUUACAUAAGAAUGAGAUAAAACUUUUUGGGAGUGUUCUGUGAUGUUAGUGAUAGAAAACGCUAGAUUAUAAUGGCUUCUUAUGGGCAGUGCUAUAAAAACGCUUCAUAACUAUGGGUAUUGUAUUUUUUAAGGGUAAUAGGGUAAGGUAGGGUUGGGACAGUUCUGUCCCAAAUGGAAAGUUGAAAAAGUGUCCCGCUAUGUAGUAAAUAAAAAUUCAAAAAGACGCUAAACUAUAGAUAAAGGGUAAGUAGAACGAUUAUGAACUAUUUAAGAACAUUAAAAAAAAGUGUCAACUAGUCUAUUAAAUGACCUGGAAAAGAUGGCGCUUUAUGUAACAGGGCCUGUAGCCAUAUGGCACGUCGAUUCUCUUUCUACAAACGCUAACUCUUCGAAAACUAAAAAAAUGUAUCGGUAUGAAAGUUAGUUAGGAAAGUCACGUGAUCAAGUUGUCGAUCGGAUCUGUCGUUCCCAUACAUUUUUUUAGUUUUCCGAAUCGUUAGCGUUUGUAGAAAUAUAAUCGACGUGCCACAUGGCUACAGGCCCUGUUUUUACAACUCUGUAGUGUGAAUUUCAAAUUGGUCUCUAUCUCUGUAUUAAAUAAGACAUACACGAUAUUAAAUAAAAUAAACAGACUAAAAUGUGGAACUCACAUUGUCCGUGUAUACAGUUAAAAUUAAAAAAAAGCAAUUAAUUUAAAAAGUCUUUGGCGAAAAAUGAAUGAGAAAUUUUGAUACGUUCCUGGGCGGGAAUAGGUCAUAAACUCAUGAAUUUUUGAACUCUUUUAUUUUACACUCUAGCUGUUUUUUGCAGCCUCAAAUGAUGGACGCUUUUUCAAAUAUACUGUUCUCCUUAACUGAACCCUCCAUGUUUCUAUGGUUUACAAAAAAUUGUGGGUGUACCUGUAACUUUAAUGUUUACAUUGAAAUAGUAGUAAAGGAGAUGGUCCAAAAUUGUAUGGACCCCAGGAUCAGUUAUUGUACCCUGACGGAAAUAUAUAUUUUUUUAAACUAUUUUUGAUUAUACAAAUCUACGAAUUUACUUUAAUUCUUUCGAAAUAAUAUUCAUUCUCUCCCAAAAAAUGCCACACUCAUAUGGGCAAUAAUGGCGGAUUGAUGACGUUUUCAAUGCAGUAGUCGAUUUGACAGUUUCUGUCAAUUGUCAUGUCAUAGUUGCUACAAGUGCGCCAUUUUGAUAUAUAAUAACUCAAAAGCUUUGGUUAUAAUUUUAUUUAUUUCUUUUUAUUUAGAUACAUCUAUUCACUUAUUUAGAUUUUAAUAUAAUCCUUGUAUUUUUUAAAUUUUAAUAAUGCGGGGUACAAAAGUGGACCUGAAAUGGACCAUCUCCUUUUGUCAGUAACAUUUUAGUGAUUAUACUGUUCAACCCUGUGAAACUAUAUGUAGUAGGGUGAUGGUAUACUCGUAUUUUAACUAAUGUUGGCUGAGAUUCAGAUUGCUAUUAUUGAACUCAUCAAAAUGUAGUUUUAAUCACUGGUGUAAUAAAAAUUGUUUAUACCCUUUUAAUUUACAUGAUCUGUUCUGCAGUCUUCUUUAUAUUAUAAUUGUAAGAUUUCCAGAAAAUUUAGAAAAUUUCUUCAUUUGACGAAUGUCUACUUGAUAUCCUUGUCUAUGAAAUUUCAACUGAGAUUAAGUAUUAUUAUUGCACAUUAUUAAUUAUUAGUAGUUACAUCAAUUUUGAUUAUUCGGUUUAUUGUAUAGACAAUGUAUUAAUCCGAAUUAUAUAUUGGGUACGUAUUUGAGUAAUCAUAAUUAUCAUGUAACUUUAGAAAUAGUUUAGAAUACAUCAUACAUUAUUAUUAAGGUUUUUUCCGAUGGUGUUUAUAAUCUAUAAUAAUAAAAAAAAACUUUGAAAAAAUAUGUAGCCGAUGUGUUUGUAAGUUCUAAAAACAUUUGCAUAUAGAUUUUUAUUGUGGUUGUACUAAUUAAGUAUUUAGUUUAAUUGUACGCCAUUUUUGGAGACGUCACCUUGUAUUCAGUCUUAGACGCCAUUUCCAUUGCUAAAAUUUCUAUAGUAAGACAGUUAAAAGAAGAUAAAUCAUUUAUUUCUGUGUUAUGUUAAUUAGUUAUAUCAAGCAGCCAACUUGUCUGAAUAAAUGUUUAUAGACUGAAAAAAUAUCUGAAUAUUAAUUGUAACGGUCCAAAUUGUCUUAGUGUAAUUAUUGACCUACAUGAAUAUAAGUCAUUGGAGGGAUAAUUUCAUUUCAUGUAUGAAUUUAAUAAAUGUACUUAAAGUUUA